AUGAUGGACACUGUUUUCAAAGGUGCGAGGGUUCCAACAUGCAUGGAUGCCCCAUCCUUGGAUACACUUCACUUGAAAGCCGAGCAAGGCGAAGACCCGAGAAGAGACGAGGCUAGAGAAAUGGGAAAAAACAGCAGUCACGAAGAAGCAAUUUCCGCCUGCGUUUGCCGGAGCUGCUUUGCGAAAUCGUCCUUCGUCUCUGGGUCGCAUUCUUUCUUUCUGUCCCCGUCCUUAUCGGACGUCUCUCGCUUCCUGCUGUCCCUGCCCUCCUCACGAUGCUCCGUAGAGACCGCGAGGCUGGUACCUUCACUUUUCCUCAGCUUCCCCUGCAGACCCCGGCUGUCUGCACGGACACCGCGAGAUUCUCCGCCUUCGCGUUCUCCUUUCGAGACAGCAGACGCCCAGUCGCGAGCUCGAAGACGGAAAGCGGCAGCGUCUGUGUCUGGGGAAGUCGCAGCGAGUGACGCACUGGAGUUUCUCAACGAAGAGGAAUGCGCGUUGGAGGCGAGACCAAUCGACGCUCGCGACGCACUGGGCUUGGCUUCCACGCGAAGACCAUGCGCGAAACAGAACUUCUCGGUGUCUCUGCAGAGGACAAUCUGUCGCGAACACCCCCCCGGCGAAUGUGUGCAGCUCAGAGGGUGCGAGAGACUCAGAAAGCGUCUGCGCGUUCGGUCUGAAGGCUGCCAAAGGUCUCUGAGGGAACAGCAAAGUCACAGCUCGCAGGAAACAAACGAUUUACUCUCUAACGGUCCUCAAAAGGCAACACGGCUUUCUGCACAGCAGGGGUGUUCUGGACGGUGUCUCGACAGCCUACGCGCUGGAAAAGGCUGCAGGUUUCCUGGAAUAAAAUACAGAAGCUAA